GGGCCGUAGCGUGUGGGCGGGCCUGGUGUGGGCGGGCCGUAGCGUGUGCUCGUCGCUGCAGUGUGUGAAAGCAGUAGUUGGUCGUUGCAGUCGUACGGUUUGGAAGGAGGUCGACCAGCAGAGAGACUCACUGAGGAAUACUGAGGACAAUGAUCCCAGGAUACACUACUACAGAGGCCAUACUGCAUACACUAUGGACUCUGAAUCUCUGGACAGUUGUAUCCAGAACACCCUCUCAGCCCUCUACCCUCCAUUUGAUGCCACAGCCUCCACGGUGCUGUGUCAGGUAUUUGAUGGGGUGGAGACCAGCUACAGAGGAGACGGAUUAAGAUACCUUAUAGACUUCCUGGUCCCCGCCAAACACAUCCUGCAGACCAUCCAGCAACAUGCCUGUUUCCCGUACUGCGGCCUGUUAUUCCGGCACCAGGGCUGGCCUCUGUGUCUCCACGACAAGGUGAUCAUCCAGCUCUCUCCUCUGGACCCACGUGUCCUCCGCCCCGGGGACUUCUACCUACAGGUGGCAUCGCCCUCUGUCUCCCCCAGCUCCUCCUCCACCAACACCCCCAGCCCACCCUGUCUCAUCCUGCGUUGUCUGGCCUCCAGUGGGCAGCAUGUAGAGGAGGUAAAGUUGCCAGAGCUAGCCUACACCUCCCUGUUCACCAUGGCCUGGCUCCACUCAGUCAACAGGGAACGGAGUGGAGCAGGAACGGAGACAGGGUCGGGGACAGGGUCUGGGACAGGGUCUGGGACAGGGUCGGGGACAGGGUCUGGGACAGGGUCGGGGACAGGGUCUGGGACAGGGUCGGGGACAGGGUCUGGGACAGGGUCGGGGACAGGGUCGGGGACAGGGUCUGGGACAGGGUCGGGGACAGGGUCUGGGACAGGGUCGGGGAGGACACUGUCCUACUGCCUCCUUUCUGCAGAGAACGACAUCUUCAGAGUACCCUGGGAGGAUGUAGUACACCCUCAGUUCAUUAACAGACCCACGGCUAUGGUGGCUGCACCUAUCAGAGUCCCUACCAAGGGAGAAGGGGACGGGGGGAGGGAACAGGACGUCUUCAAGCCUUCGGAGAGGGCCAGAUGCAUUUUGAUUGACACAUCCAAGGCCCAAUGUGGAGAGAGUACGGAGGUGAAGCUCCUCCCACGGUUGAGACAGCCUAUCGAGACCAGGGACGAUGGGAAAGGUUUUGACAUCGCAGCAGAAGAGGACUCGGACGCUGAGGGAGAGUAUGUUGAACUGGAAGAGAUCUCUCUACCGCGCUUCUCUCCUCAGAAAGGAUCCUUAACACAGUCUGUUAGUCUGAACUACAGGAACCUGCAUAAACCCUGGACUACAGCCCGACACCCCCCCAAAGCAACCCCCUCCCAGCCCUUUCAUGCCCCGGUGAAAAGCAGCACUUUCUCCCAGUCCAUGGUGUGUUCCAGACUCAUCGAGGAAUACCUGAACAACGACGUGUUUUCCCCUGUCAUCCUCACCCCAACGGCCCCCACCUCCCCUAUGGCCCCCACCUCCCCUACGGCCCCCACCUCCCCUACGGCCCCCACCUCCCCUACGGCCCCCACCUCCCCUACGGCCCCCACCUCCCCUACGGCCAGAGAGGGGGUCAGCGGUGAGGGGACAGCGUCAGACCGUACAGAAGGUACCGCUGCUCGUCUCCAGAGGCUAACACAACGUAUCUCUGAGCGUGUGUCUGAGUCUCACUGGUCAGUGUGUGACGGCACAGCCUUAUCAGUGGUUUAUGACCCCCAGACUGACAGCGAGGAGGUUUUAACCCAGUCACACAGUAUAGUGGAGAGGGAAGAGUCUCUCGGGCACCCUCAGACUGACAGCGAGGAGGUUUUAACCCAGUCACACAGUAUAGUGGAGAGGGAAGAGUCUCUCAGUCACCCUCAGACUGACAGCGAGGAGAUGGAGGAGAGGAGGGAUAGUGGUUCUGAAACCAGGGCAGAGGAGAGGGAUAGGGGUUCAGAAACCAGGACAGAGGAUAGGAGGGAUAGGGGUUCAGAAACCAGGGCAGAGGAGAGGGAUAGGGGUUCAGAAACCAGGACAGAGACAGAGGAUAGGAGGGAUAGGGGUUCAGAAACCAGGACAGAGACAGAGGAGAGGAGGGAUCGGGGUUCAGAAACCGAGACAGGGGAGGGGGAUCGGGGUUCAGAAACCAGGACAGAGACAGAGGAGGGGGAUCAGGGUUCAGAAACCAGGACAGAGACAGAGGAUAGGAGGGAUAGUGGUUCAGAAACCAGGACAGAGACACAGGAGAGGAGGGAUAGUGGUUCAGAAACCAGAACAGAGACAGGGGAGGGGGAUCGGGGUUCAUGGUUCUAG